AUGUUUGAAAUGUCUUUUCAGACCCCCAAAUCGUGGAUAGAAGAAGUCUUCAGUAAGAGAGAAUGUGCAAACAUUAUUCCCUAUUUAAAAGACCCUCACAGAUGUCCUGCAGGAUGCCAGGUGUGCCAGAAUUUAAUCAGAUGUUGCUGUGGAAGGCUCAUUGGAGAUCACCAAGGAGUAGACUGUAGCUGGCCCGUCUGUCAGACUGCCCUGCAGAGAGAUGAAAAAUGGUCUGUUCAAAAACACACAAAGACAAGUCCAACAGAUGCAUUUGGUACAAUCAAUUUUCAAGAUGGAGAUCACACUUACCAUGCCAAGUACAUUAGACUCUCUUAUGAUAGCAGUUUGGAUCAACUGUUGCACCUGAUGGUUAAUGAAUGGCAGAUGGAGUUGCCAAAGCUAGUAAUCUCUGUGCAUGGAGGCACUGAAAAUUUCAAACUUCCUCCAAAGAUCAAGCAGGUUUUCAGUAAAGGAUUGGUGAAGGCUGCUGAGACUACAGGAGCAUGGAUCAUUACUGAAGGCAUCAACAGUGGAGUAUCCAGACACGUUGGAGAUGCACUGAAAGGACGUACCUCACCAUACCUGAGAAAAAUCUGUGCUGUUGGAAUCCCCCCAUGGGGUAUCAUUGAGAACCAGAGGGAUCUCAUUGGGAAAGAUGUAGUUUGCCUGUACCAGACUCUUGGUAAUCCUCUCAGCAAACUGAGUACCCUCAACAGCAUGCAUUCUCAUUUUCUAAUGGCAGAUGAUGGAACAGUAGGCAAGUAUGGGAAUGAAAUGAUGCUCAGGAGGAAUUUGGAGAAGUAUUUGUCACUUCAAAAGAUACACACAAGAGUGGGCCAAGGUGUACCUGUAGUUGGGUUGGUGGUGGAAGGAGAUGCCAGUGUGAUUCUAAUGGUGUGGGAGUAUGUAAGGACCAGCCCACCUGUCCCUGUGGUGGUCUAUGAGGGCACUGGCAGAGCUGCUGAUAUUCUGGCUUUCACCCACAAACACACAAGUGAUACAGGGGAGCUGCGCCCACAAGUGAAGGAGGAGGUUUUAAUAAUGAUUCAAAACAUGUUUAGUUUGGGACAGAAGCAGUCCAGUCAUCUAUUUCACAUUUUGAUGGAAUGCAUGGAGCACAGAGAGUCUAUAACUAUACUUGAUGUGGAGUCUGAAGAGCAUCAAGACAUUGAUUUGUCAAUUCUAACUGCACUUCUGAAAGGUACAAGUAUGUCUGCAUCAGAUCAACUGGAUUUGGCAUUGGCUUGGAACCAGCUAGAUAUUGCCAAAAAACAUAUAUUGGUUUAUGGACAGCACUGGAAGGUUGGUGCAUUGGAACAAGCAAUGCUGGAUGCUUUAGUGAUGGACCGGGUGGAUUUUGUAAAGCUGUUAAUAGAGCAUGGAGUAAAUAUGCACCGUUUUCUUACCAUAUCUCGUCUGGAAGAGCUCUACAAUACAAAACAAGGACCAUCCAAUCUACUUUUGCAGCACCUUAUUCGAGAUGUGAAACAGAGCACACUUCCCUCAGAUUAUAAGAUAUCCUUGAUUGAUAUUGGUCUGGUGAUAGAGUAUCUCCUUGGUGAAGCCUAUCGGAGCAGCUACACAAGGAAACACUUCCGAGUUCUGUACAAUAAUCUCUACAGAAAGCACAAGAGAGUGCUCUCCAGCUUUUCUCAGAACCUAUCUCAUUCCCUUCGUCAGAGUAAUCAGAUGGGUUGCAGAAUGGGAUCUCCUGAAAAUACCUUACAUUCUCAGUUCUUCAGAACAGCACAGCCUUACAAAUGCAAGGAAAAAUCAACUGGUUUCCAUAAGUCUAAGAAGAAGUCAAAAGAGAAUAUAAAAUUUGAUGAGAGCUAUGAGGCAUCUGGUUUUAUCUACCCCUAUAAUGAUCUCCUGGUUUGGGCAGUGUUAAUGAGAAGGCAGAAGAUGGCAAUGUUCUUCUGGCAACAUGGAGAGGAAGCCAUGGUCAAAGCAGUUGUGGCUUGUAAACUCUACAGGGCAAUGGCACAUGAAGCUAAACAGAGCAACAUGGUGGAUGACACUUCAGAAGAACUUAAGAAGUACUCAAAGGAAUUUGGACAGCUUGCUUUAGAUAUACUGGAGAAAGCAUUCAAACAAAAUGAACAAAUGGCCAUGAAGUUGCUGACAUAUGAACUGAAAAACUGGAGCAACUCAACUUGCUUAAAACUAGCAGUGUCUGUGGGCCUUCGGCCUUUUGUGUCUCAUACUUGUACACAGAUGCUGCUGACUGAUAUGUGGAUGGGACGUCUGAAGAUGCGGAAGAACUGCUGGUUUAAGGUCAUCAUAAGUAUUCUCCUGCCUCCCACUAUCUUGUUGCUGGAGUUUAAAAGCAAGGCUGAAAUGUCUCAUGUGCCUCAGUCUCAAGACUGCCACCAGUUCACAUGGUACCAUGGUGAUCAGAGCCCAGCCAGCACUAAAGAUGUCUUGUCUCUGAAAGAUUGUGAUGUGGAGAAGGUAGCUCAGUCAUCCGAUGAAAGACAUAUAUACAAUGGACAAGGAAACCUGUCAGGCCCUAGAAAAAUCUAUGAGUUCUACAAUGCACCGAUUGUCAAGUUCUGGUUUCACACGAUGGCGUACAUGGCCUUUCUCAUGCUCUUUACUUACACUGUGUUGGUGAAAAUGGAACCAAGACCAAGUGUGCAGGAGUGGCUUGUUAUUAUUUAUAUUUUCAGCACUGCCAUUGAAAAAGUCAGAGAGGUGUGUAUCUCAGAGCCUGGAAAAUUCCGCCAGAAAGUGAAGGUGUGGAUUUAUGAAUACUGGAAUUUUACUGAUACUUUAGCUAUCAUCCUGUUUAUGAUUGGUUUUGGCUUGCGUUGGUCUCAGCCCCCUGUUCAAACAGCAGGGCGGCUACUUUACUGCUUGGAUAUAAUAUUUUGGUAUGCUCGGCUCCUUGAUCUUUUUGCUGUGAAUCAGCAUGCUGGCCCAUAUCUGACAAUGAUUGGAAAAAUGACAGCAAAUAUGUUCUAUAUUGUGGUCAUGAUGGCCAUAGUUCUGCUGAGUUUUGGCGUCUCACGAAAGGCAAUCCUUUCACCAGAAGAACCUCCCUCUUGGACUCUGGCACGAGAUAUUGUAUUUCAGCCCUACUGGAUGAUGUUUGGUGAGGUCUAUGCUGGAGAAAUUGAUGUUUGCGAAACCAAUCAAGACUGUCCUCCUGGCUCCUUCCUCACACCAUUCCUUCAAGCUGUCUACCUGUUUGUGCAGUACAUCAUCAUGGUCAACUUACUCAUUGCUUUCUUUAAUAAUGUUUAUUAUGAUUUGAAAUCCAUAUCGAACAAGCUCUGGAAGUACAACCGGUACCGCUACAUUAUGACCUAUCAUGAGAAGCCAUGGCUGCCUCCACCUUUCAUUCUCCUCAGCCACAUUGGACUUCUGAUAAACCACAUCUUCCGCCAUCAACCCUCAAAUGAGUCUGAUCAAGAGGAAGGUGACGUUGGACUGAAGCUGUACCUGAGUGAUGACGAGUUGAAGAAACUCCAUGACUUUGAGGAACAAUGUGUAGAAAAAUACUUUCAUGAGAAGAAUGAAAGCUUGAGUUCCAGUGACAGUGAAAAAAUCCGUGUGACUACAGAAAGAGUGGAGGAGAUGUUUCUUCAGUUGAAAGAAGUGUAUGAGAAGGUAUUUUAUAUCAAGGAAUCUUUACUCUCCUUGGACAGCCAGCUGGGACAUUUGCAAGACCUGUCUGCUUUGACAGUGGACAUCUUGAAAGUGCUUUCAGCUGUAGACACACUGCAGGUGGAAGAAGCCUUACUGACUGAUAAAAAACAUAGAUCCUGUAGAAAGCUGCCCCACAGUUGGAGCAAUGCUCUCUAUUCCAAGACUCUGAGCAGUCUAGAAUGUUUUUAUGACAAGAAGUAUCACUAUUACAGCAUGCCACCCUCACUCUUACGGAGCUUGGUGAGGAGUCAGUGGCCAUCAGAAUGUAAAGACCACAUACUAAGGACUGAGAGUGACAAGUUGGUAGAAGACAUUUCUCAGAAGAUAGAAAUAGAAAGUGAUGGUACACUUACUUCAGGUGUGUCCUCUGAGGCAAAGUCAUCCCCCAGACAUGGACAAUUUUUGCUAGUUCCUCCCGAUCACCAGCGAGCACCUUUAUCUGACACCAUCACCUUAAACUUGUCCUUUUCAAGCACUCCUACCAAGUACCAGGAAGAUAUAUUUAGUGAUGGACUGCAAAGCAGCAUUGCUGUGCAGCAAAACCUGCAAAGCAUCAGCCUUGUUGAAAAAGAGCCAGAAGAUUAUCAGUGGAGCCAGAGAGACUUUAUUAUUCAUCUGCCAUCAGAAAAGACUAAUGCCACAGAUGCUGAUCGUUUUCUCAGUCUCCAGACAUCACUUGAAGUCAGAGAAAAUGCAGCACCCAAAUGCGAUGGCAGGGAAGAAACUGAAGGUGGUUACGUGAACUGGGGAUUCUCUGAAGGUGAUGAAAAAGGGGUUUUCAGCUCAAGGAAGAAAAAGAAGAAGGACCUGUGCAUACAUUCCACCUUUAAGUGUGACUGUAGUUGUACAGGUAGACCUCCCACACACAUACAGAUAAAAGAAUCCAAGCCUUUCUCCUAUAACUCUGACAGCUCAAGGCACAGUGUCAUCGUCUCUGAGAAUAAACUGAAACACAGCACCUCCUGGAUCAGCCCACUCUGGAAGCAGUGGAGUUUCUGCAGGAACAACAGCUUACCAUCCCCUAAAAAAGCAAGAAGAGGGAAAACCUUCAAGGCCAUAGGUGAGUCUUUACCAUCUUGUGAGCUACACCACAGUGAGGAAACAAAAGCAAAACAACAAAACAGAGACAGAAAGUCUGGGAGAGAAAAGAAGGAUCAAAAACCCCUUCAGGUGCCGGUGAUUAGAGUGGAUGGUUGUCCCCAGAACACCCAAGUGAGCUCAGAGCCUACGGAGAUUGGUCUCUGGGAUGGGGAAGAAAAACACAGGAAGAACUGGCUCACUGUGUCUAAUUUCAGUCAGCUAAGUUUGGAAUAUCUCAGUUACAUGCACCAGAAAAUGAAAAAUCAAGACAUCCAUAGGCAUACCAUACCAUUCUGUGAUUACCUCAGGCAUUCUCGAGAGGAUCUGAAUAAUAGCACGUCUGGAAGCAUCUACAGAAAUAAUCUGAGCAGGAACUCCUCGUUGAGAGCUUCAGAAGGAACCGACAAUAUGUUUGGCUGCUUGAAAACAUCUCAAGAUCUGCACUGUCAUUACUCAGCUGUCGAAAGAAACAACUUAAUGAGACUUGCUCAGACCAUACCAUUUACACCAGUCCAGCUCUUUGCUGGAGAGGAAGUGACUGUCUAUCGACUAGAAGAGAGUUCACCUACGAACCUUGGUCAAAGCAUGUCUUCUUGGUCCCAGCAUGGCAUGGCUGCAAUGAUCCAAGUCUUGUCACGGGAGGAGAUGGAUGGGGGUCUGCGGAGGGCCAUGAAGGUCAUUUGUACUUGGUCUGAGAAUGAUGUGUUAAAGCUGGGACAAAUAUUUAUUGUGAAGUCUUUUUUGCCAGAGGUGGUUCAGACUUGGCAAAAGAUCUUUCAUGAUGGUACAGUGUUACAUCUCUGCCUGAGGGAGAUCCAACAGCAAAGGGCUGCCCAAAAGUUAAUCCAUACCUUCAAUCAAGUAAAGCCUCAUACCAUUCCUUAUACUCCAAGGUUCCUGGAAGUUUUCCUCAUUUACUGCCAUUCUGCAAAUCAGUGGCUGACCAUUGAGAAGUACAUGACUGGUGAAUUCCGGAAAUACAAUAACAACAAUGGAGAUGAGAUUACACCUAGCAGCUUGCUUGAAGAACUGAUGCUGGCCUUCUCUCACUGGACCUAUGUGUAUACUCGUGGGGAGCUCCUUGUCCUGGAUUUGCAAGGUGUUGGGGAAAACCUUACGGACCCAUCUGUGAUUAAACCUGAAGACAAAAAAUCUGGAAAGAUGGUAUUUGGACCAGCAAACCUAGGAGAAGAUGCAAUAAGAAACUUCAUUGCAAAGCAUCAUUGUAACUCUUGCUGCAAGAGGCUGAAACUUCCUGAUUUGAGAAGAAAUGACUGCAUAAUGGAAAGACUGUAUCUACCCUUCAAAAAAGAAAUAGAGACAAGUGACAGAGGAAUUGAUGAUGAAAACGAGACUGUGGAGUAUGACACGUGGCUGUGAAGCAAUGGCUGCGAGCAGAGUGCAAACAUGGAAGCUUGAAAACCUGUCCCUUGUCAUGGCCAUGAGUCAGUCCAAAAAACCAAAACAUAGAUAUCUGAAUGCAACAUCAGUUCCACUUACUUGACAGAUGCUAUAGGCAAGGAACAACAACAGAAAACAUCUUUUAAUUUGCUCCAUUUCCAUGGCCCUCUUAUGAUCCAUUUUUUCUACUUGUUAAAUUGUCAGGAGCAGGUUGCUCCUAAGGUGGAUGAACUGUUGCAUUAGUGCCUUUUUCUGGAAAUGUGGUUAAUGGUUUCAAAAUGUGUUUGCUUAGGAUUAUUGUGAUAAAAUAUUUACAGGGGGAAGUGAUUUGAUGUGAUUUAUCUCUCUGCUCUUCAAUAAAUGACUGUAUAAACAUGUAAAUCACUCAUUCUCAAAUGUGGAGGCCACUCAUAAACAUCCUCACUAUUGCCCUGUGUAUAGCAAACUUUCCAAGGCAUUGCAGAAAUACUGUUUUAUCUUGUUUGUUGACUUUGAUCCAGAGGCAGACCUAGAAGACACAAGUAACAGGUUAGCAGUUGAACAGUAGUUGUUGAUGUGAGAAGUGUAGCACAGAACGUUAUGGAAGCUUCAAACCUUUUCACAUACCAAAACCAAAUCAAACAAUGAAAAGUUGGGCCCACAAGCAUCAUUUAUGUCUCCUCUUCUGUGUUGAUAAAUUUGAUAGAUUCAUGAUCUUUAAUACAAGCAUAAAGAAUAACCUUGAUUGUGAUAUAAAUUUUAACAGGAUCUACCUUUCUCUAUGUUACCUUCAGAGUAUUGUUAAGUCAUUAGGUGGUUAAUUGCAAAACAUUUUAAAAGUCAUAAAAAAUAACGUCUUCUUUUUGGUAUUUAGCUUUUUAUUGUCAGUUCCACGCUGUGUAAAGGGUUAUAUUCUAUCGGUGUGGUAUUUGUAUGCUUUUGCAGCAUAUCAAUACAUGUUUCUGUUAAUUCAGUAGAAAUUCAUAAAAACGAAAAUCAGUUAUGUGCAGUAUGUUUUUUUUGUAGAAUAAGAAUUGAAAUGAACUGCUCAGCACAAAUAUCUAAUACAACUUACAUUGUAUUAAAGAUCACUUCUGCCAUUAAAACAUCAUUGUAAUUUUGUAUUAAGAGUAGAAAUACUUAAAGCAGACAUGCAAAUAAUCAGAAAACUUAAUACUUCAGUAAGAAACAAAAUUGUAUUUCAACCACAGUGUAUAGUAAAUUUUGAUGUUUAAAAGAUCUACUUAUCAUACUUA